UACAACGUCAUCAACGUGCGCAGAGCUGAGGUGGCGCUUGAGAGGAGGGUUUGUGUUUCCGGCUGCUCACCUGAAAUCGCCGCGGGGUCUCGUCAUGACUAAACUCCAACAGUGGCUGCUCGGUGUGUCGCUGGUGGUCGCAGUCUGGGCCGUGGUCACUUUCGACCUGUUGGACCUGCGCCUGUCGCGCACGUACCGGGAGGUCGCCUGGCCGAUGCCGCUCUACCUGCUGGUGUCGUUCGGCUGCUACUCGCUGGCCACGGUGGGAUACAGGCUGGCCACCUUCAAUGACUGCGAGGAGGCGGCGCUGGAGCUGCAGCAGCAGAUCCAAGAGGCCAGAGAGGACUUGAGGAAAAGGGGUUUAAAUAUGUAAAAACCAUGUCAAGGACCACGUAGAGACUUUUUGGGGAGCAAUGGAAUGGAUCCACACAAACCCCAGUAUCUGCACUUGUGAGGUUGGGGUCUUGUGUGGAACGAGGCUGAACUCUGAGCUGACGCUCUUCUUUACUGAUUCCAGCUGACUUCAUUUGAACAUAAAAAAUCCCUCCAUGCCUCCUUGUUUUUAUACUGUUAUUCACUAGCACGUCUUUCAGGUUAGACAUCGAUCAGAUGCGCAAGAUUUUUUUCUGUUACUCAACAAGUGGCGACAAAUAAGAGAGAAAUCCGCUGAACAUAUUUAUCAUUCUGGCCAUUUAAAUAAAGCUAAUCUAAAGUGAAUUAAAUAUAUAUUCAGGAACAUCCAAUUCCGCUCACAUCAGUGUGAAGUUGGGGGUUGCACUGAUUGGCACAUUAGCAGAUUAGUGCUGUUUUGCUUGAAGACUACACACACAGUUGAAGUUCAUAUCACUGGGAUUAUUAAAUCUUCACAUUGUGACCAGUCGUGCAUCGCUGAACAAAUCAAACCCAAAGGUCACAUUUGGAACGAUCUGACUAUAUUCUCGACUGGGAUUCCUCAGAUGCUUUCAAUCUGCGUCGGCUCCAUGAUUGUAAAACACCUUGUGUCAGCCUUGUUGUCGUGUAUCUGGAGUGAUUGUUGCUUGUUGCAGUUAUACAUGGAGUGGAUUUUUACCUGUAAUGUACAUUCCAUUGUCCAGUUUCAGAUUUGUUCCCUGUGGCUACUGCUGGGAUGUAAUUAAAAAGGAGUCUAUUUUCUUCAGCA